ACACACACACACACACACAGACACGCUCACACACAGACACACAGUCGCUGCCACACAGGCGAGGAGGUCGGAGUGUACAGAGCAGCUGAGAGGAGUGUAUGUGUGUGUGCGUGUAGCGUGCAGAGUGCCGUCGUGCUGUGCCAUGGUCGUGUGAGGCGAGCUUAGCGUGCGGCGCCCUCAGUGAAGCGAGCUAGUGCAUUCGCGUCACAUUUGCAGCGAUUAACGCCAGACUCUAUGGUAAGAUGUGGCGCGGCGGGCAAGGCGGCGUGGGCUUAGCGCCGUGCAGUGCCACCGAGGGCGUGCUGGGUGCCGCGGGGACUGGCACCACCGCCACCACCACGACCACCAUAGACAAGACCCACUACGACUCUCAAAACGACUCGGGCUUUCUCUCCGGGUCCAACCUGACGUCGUCCUGCAGUCUGAGCGAGGACAGUGACACCAUGAGAUUCUCCGAGCCUCUGCCUCCCCUGGGGGAGACUAAAGGCGACGCUCUCGCCUCCUCCAGGGUGGACUCCGGCAUAGACAUCUCAGAGCAACUUAGUUCCCUCCACCUCGCUUCCUCAUCCACCUCCACCACCACCUCCACAUCUGAGUUGGAAGGGGAGGACGCGCCCCAAAGGAGAACAGUGACGCCGCCCCCGCGAAGGUCGCGCCUCGGCCUGAGCGAGGAGCAGAUGGCGCUGCUGCAGGAGAUCUUCAAGAGAGACGAGGAUGGAGACACCCAGCUUCACGUGGCGGUGAUGCGCGGGUUCAUCGAGGUGGUGUACCAUAUCACCAGACUCCUCCCACAUCAGGCGCUUCUGGACCUCGCCAAUCACCAGGGCAAGACCGCCCUACACCUGGCCGUAGCCGCAGGGGACACAGGGGCGGCGCGGCACCUUUUAAUCUGCGGCGCCUCCCCUGUGGAACGUGACAGACGCGGGAACACGCCCUUGCACGUGGCGGCGGCGGCGGGGCAGGCGGCGAUGGUGGCGCAUUUAACGAGACCUGUUACAGAGGGAGAGGUGAUGGGCGCCAGACUCGCCUACGCGCCUGCACACACCGCAGGCCUCCUUGCUGCUGACCUGACCAACUACGACGGUCAAACAUGUAUACACUUAGCUGCACAGGGAGGACAUCGGGAUAUUCUGCAACACCUCACGUGGUACGGCGCGGACAUCAAUGCACGGGAAGGGAAGAGCGGAAGAACGGCCCUGCACUACGCGGUGGAGGCGAGAGACCCCGAGCUGGUGGUGUUCUUAGCGGAGUCCUGCAGGGUCUCCCUCACUCUGGAGACUUACGCAGGCCUCACGCCAUACCAGCUGGCACAGGCAAAUGGCGCUUCUGGUUUGGCAACACUGCUGCUGGAACUGGGGUCACCAGGGGAGGAGCUGCCCCACUACCUCGCAGCGGAGGACGACCCCGAUUAUGACGAGCACGGCCCCUGCCCAGAAAACAACGGGUGGGGCAUAAUGGAUGACUUACGUAUUGGGGGUAUUCCAGUGCCUCUCGCCAUGGCCCUGCCCGUCACGGAUGCCAGCGGCCCUCUCAACGCUGACCACUACUUCUAAGAGGCUUACAUGGCCGGGAGGACUCGUGAAGUGGUCGUGAAGAAGCGGUGAGGCUGAAAACGUGGAGUGAAGGUGAUGGAGGGAAGAGAGACAAAAGGAGAAAUUUGAUAAAAAGGAUAGAUUUUCACGACUCAAAGGCCACGCCAGGUCGUGAAGUGGUCAUGAGUCUGAAGAUGUGAUGUGAAGAAGUGAAUGGAAGGAAAAACGGUGAAAAGAUGGAUUUCCAUGACUUUCAAGACCCGUACCAGCUGCUGAAGUGGACGGGAAGUGUUUGAUGAGCGCGUGAAGAAGCUGCGAGGCUCAAAACGUGAAGCGAAGACAUGAAAAGGGAAAAAUAUGGAUGCAGUGAUUCUUUUAAGUUGUCCCUAUAAAAAAAGAGGAAAAAAAUUAAGAGAAUUAUUAUUUUUGAUUGUUAUGGAAAAAAAGUGAAAAUUAGAAGGAAAUAUUUUUUUAGUGAGGGCGGUAUGAAAAAAGAAAAAAGGUGAGAUAAUUAUUUUUAAAGGAAUCGCUAUCGAAAAAAAGUGAAUUUUUUAGAGCAUUAUAAAAAAAGUUAUAAGUAGGGAAUUAUUGUUAUUAUUAUUAUUAUUAUUAAAAAGUCUGACGUAAAGUUUUGAUGAAAAAGUGACAUGAGACUGCAAAUCUAAGUGAGAAAAUUAAAAAAAGGAAGGAAGAAAAGAGAAAUGAAGGAAGACUUAAAGAAAAUGGAAUAUUCAACUGACACUUUAAAGGGAUCACUUAAAUAAAUAAUAAAAAUAAAAGGGAAUAAGGAGUGUUCCCUAAAAUUCUGAGGAAGAAAAGAAAAGAAAGACAAAUAUUUGAAUGGGAAAGAAAAUGAAGUAGACACUGAACGCUAAUAGUUACUUAUAAGGAGACACUUAAAUAUAUGAAGUGACCCUUUUAAGUGGCCGUGUUUGUGACCUCUUGUUAAGUGCGUGCCGGUUCGUCUUUUUUAUUGUUUUUUUCCUUUCUUUUUCUUACCUUGAGAGAGGGAAGAGAAGAAUGAAUGAAAAAAUGAUGAUGAUGAGGAGGAGGGUGUAGAAGAGGAGGAAGGGAAGUGAGAAAAGGGUGUGGAGGAGGAGGAGGAGGAGGAGGAGGAGGAGGAGGAGGAGAAGAAGAAGAAGAAGAAGAAGAAGAAGAAGAAGAAGAAGAAGAAGAAGAAGAAGAAGAGGAAGGAGGCAAACAAAAGGCACAAAAAAAGACACUUGUGAUAAUAAAAUAGUGGCCCAUUGAACCUGUUUCUCGUUUUCUAUCGUGUUGUGAUAAAUUUCCUAUCAUAGUGAAUUAGUGAAGGAAUUUUGGACAACAGAACCCCCAACCCAUAAUCCCCCCCGCCUCCACCUUUCCACAUUACCCCAAUACCUCGUUUUCUGUUCAGUGUUGUUUUCUUUCACUUUUCAAUGGGUGACUCAAAGGAAACGAGGAGAGAAAACGAGAUACGGUGGAAUAAACAUUUUGGGGAGAAAUUUCCUUCAUUAUUAUUAUUAUUAUUAUUAUUAUUAUUAUUAUUAUUAUUAUUAUUAUUACUAUUACUAUUUGUAACAGUGAAUGACCUGUGAUCUCAAGUAUAACUAUAAAGAAAUAAAGAAAAAGGACGAAAAACAGGAGGGAAAAAGAGAAAAAGAUGAAUGGAAAUGAAGGAAGAUAAUUAGAAGUGUGAAUAUAUUAAAGGAAAGUCAUAUGAUAAUAAGACAAAGAUGAAUAAAGAAGGAAUUAACAAUAAUGAAAAAAAAUAAGUAAAUGUGCUGAUAUUCUCAAGGAAAAAAAUCGGGAAAAGAAAAGGAGAGGAAGAAAAAAAUAGCAAGCAUAUAUAUGUUUACCUCAGUUGUAUCUCAAAAAAAUAAUUUUAUAUAUCCAGAAAAAGGAAAAGAGGAAAAAAGAGGAAAAGGAGAAAAUAAAGGAAAGGAAAAGGAAAAAUGCAGAUAUCAAUUUUACCUCGUUCUAAGAAUAAAAAAAAAUUAAAACAAGAAGAAAAGGAAGGAAACAGUGGAAAAGGAUGAAAACUUUGAAUGAUAAUACCUCAGUGAUCUUCAGAAAUUAAUUUAAACUUUCAGAAAAGCUGAGGGAAAAUAUUAUGAGGAAAAGAGAAGAAAGGAAGAAAAAAAGUUAGGAAAUAUGAUGUUUUGGAUACAGGAGAGAGAGAGAGAGAGAGAGAGAGAGAGAGAGAGAGAGAGAGAGAGAGAGAGAGAGAGAGAGAGAGAGAGAGAGAGAGAGAGAGAGAGAA